AUGGCGCCCGCUGCAACCGACCUUCUCGCCGCCUUUGUGCUAGGCACCAAGGCUUGGUUCCCUGACAAGGAGCUUGGUUGGAUCAGUGCAACCCUCGCCAAACCUCUCGCUAAAUCUGUUUCCGGCGAGAUCGCCCUAGAGUUUACACUAGACGACACUGGCGCUUCCAAGACCGUCACCACCACCGAGGCCAAGCUCGCAGCCAAAGAUGGCGAGGACCAGCUUCCACCACUACGCAACCCGCCACUUCUCGAGGCCACAGACGAUCUUACCAACUUGAGUUACCUCAACGAGCCUUCAGUCCUCCACACCAUUCUCAAUCGAUACUCCCAACGAAUCAUCUACACCUACUCUGGUAUCGUCCUCAUCGCGGUCAAUCCCUUCUAUGCGCUCAGCCUGUACAGUCCCGAGAUCAUUCAAGCUUACUCGGGUCGACGCAAGGGUGAACUCGAGCCACAUUUGUUCGCUAUUGCAGAAGAUGCCUACCGAUGCAUGAUUCGCGAUGAAAAGGAUCAAACCAUCGUCGUCAGCGGUGAGUCUGGUGCUGGUAAGACUGUCUCUGCCAAGUUCAUCAUGCGCUACUUUGCCACUGUCGAAGACCCAGAUCGACCAGGCAGCAGAAAGGCCGGUCCUGGAGGCAAGGAACCCGGCGGUAUGAGCGAGACAGAACAGCAGAUUCUCGCUACCAAUCCUAUCAUGGAGGCUUUCGGUAAUGCAAAGACCACGAGGAACGACAACUCGUCCCGAUUCGGAAAGUACCUUGAGAUCCUCUUCGACAAAAGCCACGAGAUCGUUGGUGCCAAGAUGCGUACAUAUCUGCUCGAACGAUCUCGUCUCGUCUACCAGCCCGAGACUGAGCGAAACUACCACAUCUUCUACCAGCUCUGUGCCGGCGCACCUACAUCCGAAAAGAAGGAUCUCGGCCUCGAAGACGCAUCCAAAUUCUUCUAUCUCAACCAGGGUGGUGCCGGCAGCCAUAUCAUCAACGGCGUGAACGAUGCAGAAGACUUCAAAGCGACUCAGAAGGCCCUCAGCACCGUCGGUCUCACCAUCGAACGACAAUGGAACAUCUUCCGUCUCUUGGCCGCACUCUUGCAUCUCGGAAACGUCAACAUCACUGCAGCACGAAACGAUGCCGUCUUGGCCGACGACGAGCCAAGUCUCUUCAUGGCUACGCGCAUGCUCGGUAUCGACUCGUCCGAGUUCCGCAAAUGGACCGUCAAGCGUCAACUCCAGACUCGAGGUGAAAAGGUCGUCACCAACUUGACACAGGCGCAAGCCAUCGUGGUUCGUGAUUCCGUCUCCAAGUACGUCUACACCUGUCUCUUUGACUGGCUCGUCGACCAGAUGAACCGAUCUCUUGCUCUUGGCUCAUCCAAGUCACGCGAGUCCAUGAUCGGUGUUCUCGAUAUCUACGGUUUCGAGCGAUUCAAGAUCAACUCAUACGAGCAGUUCUGCAUCAACUACGCCAAUGAGCGUCUUCAGCAUGAGUUCAACCACCACGUCUUCAAGCUCGAGCAAGAAGAAUACCUUCAGGAACAGAUCUCCUGGACAUUCAUCGACUUCUCCGACAACCAGCCCUGCAUCGACAUGAUUGAAGGCAAGCUCGGUAUCCUUUCGCUCCUCGACGAAGAGUCGCGUCUUCCCUCCGGUUCCGACGAGUCUUUUCUACAGAAGCUCUACACGCAGAUGGACAAGCGACCCGAGUUCAAGAAUGCAUUCAAGAAGCCGCGUUUCGGCACAACUAGCUUCACCGUUUGCCAUUACGCUCUCGACGUCGAGUACUCGAGCGCCAGCUUUGUCGAGAAGAACAAGGAUACCGUUCCUGAUGAGCACCUCAACCUGCUUAACAGCACAGCCAACCCCUUCCUCAAGGAAGUCCUCGACACCGCCGUCAACCUGCACAAGCCCGAGGAGUCCAAAGAUGAGGCUACCGACGCUGCUGGUGCUCCCGCCAAGCCUGCACCCAAGAAGCUGCCCGGUGCCAGCAUCAAGAAGCCUACGCUCGGUUCUCAGUUCAAGACCUCGCUUGUCAGCCUCAUGGCCACCAUCGACAGCACCAACGUCCACUACAUUCGUUGCAUCAAGCCCAACGAGGCCAAGAAGGCGUGGGAAGUCGAGCCGCAAAACGUUCUCGGACAGCUCCGGGCAUGUGGUGUGCUCGAGACCAUUCGCAUAAGCUGUGCCGGUUACCCAUCACGAUGGACUUUCGCCGACUUUGCCGAGCGAUACUACAUGCUUGUACCAUCGGAUCGCUGGAACAUGUCGAACAUGGACAAGGUCAAGGCAUUGGCUACGCACAUCCUCUCCACCACUAUCACUGAGAAGGACAAGUACCAGGUGGGUCUCACCAAGAUCUUCUUCCGAGCCGGUAUGCUUGCCCAGUUCGAGCAGAAGCGUACCGACCGCCUGAAUGCAGUGACCAUCAUCAUCCAGAAGAACCUCCGACGUCACGUUCAUCAGAAGAAGUACCAGGCAAUGCGCGCCAACACGGUCAAGAUCCAGUCGUGGUGGCGUAUGCGUUUAGCGAUGAAGCAGGUCGAGGCUCUCCGACAGAACACCGCCGCCACCAAGAUCCAGACCGUCACUCGUGGAUUCCUGGCCCGCAAGCAGUACCAGACCACCCGACAGGCUGUCAUCAAGAUCCAGGCCGUCGUCCGUGGACGUGCUGUCCGAUCAACCUACAAGACCGCCAAGGUCGAGUUCUCAGCUACACGUCUCCAAGCCUUGCUCCGUGGUGCCCUGGCCCGAAGGCAAUACCGCAAGGAGAGGCAAGGUGUCAUCCACCUGCAGUCGUGCUACCGUCGUCGUCUCGCCAAGAAGGAGCUCGUCGCUCGUCGAACCGAGGCCAGAUCCGUAUCGCACUUCAAGGAGGUCUCGUACAAGCUCGAGAACAAGGUCGUCGAGCUCACCCAGAACCUGCAAAAGCGAAUCAAGGACAACAAGGAGCUUUCGGCCAAGAUCAAGGCACUCGAGGCUCAGAUCCUCACAUGGCAGGGCAAGCACGAAGAGGUUGAGAGCAAAAAUCGCGGACUCAAUGACGAGCUUGCCAAGCCCACCGUGGCUAUGGCCGAGUUCGAAGCGCUGCUUGCUGCUAAGAAGGAGCUCGAUGUCAAGCAGGAGACUUCACUCAAGCGCAUCGCCGAGCAGAACAAGCGUAUCGCCGACCUCACCGCCGAGAUCGAGCGUCAGGCCGACGAGUUGCAGGCACGAUCCGAAGCUCUCAACGGUGUCACCAAGUCGGCGGAAGACGACGUUGCCACGAUUAACUCGCUUCGAUCCGAAGUCGCCGGCCUUCGCGAGCAGCUCAACCGUGCCAACGCGCUCAACACACUGCAGAAGAACUCGCAGCGGAUCGAGAAUGCCGCACCACCUGUCUUUAACAUGGCCACAGGCAAGGAGAAUGGCUACGCCAACGGCAACAGCAAGCGUCGUCCUCGUCGUCACAGCGAGGCCGGCCCUUGGAGCGAUGCACCUGCCGGUCGCGACGAGCACGAAGAGGCCAUGAUGGCUGCCAAGCGCAGCGCUGCUACGGCCAACCGCCACGUCUCGGUCGCAUUUGGUCUGGACGGUCACCAGAUUCCUGGUCUUGGAGGCCAGCGCAACGGCUACGACGACGAGUAUGAUGAGGACGACCCAUCGGAGGAAAUCAUCCGUAUUCUCGAGAACGAGGAGCAGCUCGAUGAGGACGUCCUCAACGGUCUCAUUCGCUUCCUCAAGGUGCCCGCGCCUAGUCUGCAGAACCCUCCUUCGCCCAAGGAGGUCUUGUUCCCUGCGCACCUCAUUUCGCUGGUCACCAACGAGAUGUGGAAGUAUGGUCUUGUGCGCGAGUCGGAGCGCUUCCUUGCCAACGUCAUGCAGACCAUCCAGCAGCACGUCAUGUCGUUCCAGGGCGAGGAGGCCAUCAUUCCAGGCAUCUUCUGGCUCUCGAACGUACACGAGAUCCUUUCGUUUGUCUGCAUUGCCGAGAGCGACAUGCUUCAAGGUAUCGGACCUGGCGUCGAUGGCGCUGCCCGUUCCUUCGAAUGGGGCGACUACGAGCGUCUGGUUACCAUCGUCAAGCAUGACUUGGACUCGUUGGAGUACAACAUCUACCACACAUGGAUGCAAGAGGCCAAGAAGCGAUUGCACAAAAUGGUUAUCCCGGCCCUCGUCGAGAGCCAGUCACUGCCUGGUUUCGUGACGAGUGACCACUCAGGACGUCUGUUCAACCGAUUGCUAUCGAACAACUCGACACCCUCUCACACGAUGGAUGACAUCCUUGGCAUCUUGAACAAGGUGUGGAAGAGUCUCAAGAGCUACUACGUCGAGCCUUCGGUGACGCAGCAGGUGGUGACAGAGCUGCUCAAGUUGAUCGGUGUCACGAGCUUCAACGACUUGCUGAUGCGAAGAAACUUCUGCUCUUGGAAACGUGCGAUGCAGAUCCAGUAUAACAUCACACGUAUUGAGGAAUGGUGCAAGUCACACGACAUGCCCGAAGGCACACUGCAACUCGAACACCUAAUGCAGGCGACCAAGCUGCUACAGCUCAAGAAGGCGACGUUGGGCGAUAUCGACAUUAUCUACGACGUCUGCUGGAUGUUGACACCGACACAGAUCCAGAAGCUCAUCUCGCACUACUACGUGGCUGACUACGAAAACCCGAUCUCGCCUGAGAUCCUCAAGGCGGUUGCAUCGCGUGUGGUUCCCAACGAUCGCAACGACCACUUGCUUCUGCCUCCCGAGGUGGACGAGGCUGGACCAUACGAGCUGCCGUUGCCAAGAGAGGUGACGGGUAUCGAGACGUACUGUCCUGCCUACAUUUCGGUUCCGGCGAUUCGUCGUCUUGCCAGCCGCGUGGCAUAG